AUGAACCCGUUUGAUGAACUUAUGGGAGUUCCAAUCAACUCUUUGCUUCGUCUUGCUCUUGAAAAGCGAGCAAAAGCUGUUGAAGACCGAUGCCAAGAUCUGCGCUUCCGGACCACUAACACCAAGUUUGCCAUCACACUCCAAAGCUAUAUCAGAAGAAGAAACGAGUUUAUCCGGAGGAUGAGAGUUCAUGAGAUGAGAGAACAGGCAGAAGCUGGGCCAAGCGAGAUUGUGCAGCAGCCUAGCAAUGCAGUCGGAGCCACAGAGGAGCCAGCCGCAAAACGGGCCAGAACGGACACACCGGAACCAAAUAAAGAGAAUACAACUGAAGUUCCUCGCAGAACAUUCAAAAUCCCGAACAUCUUGAAGCGAUCCCAUAUGAGCAGAAAUCGUCAAUCGACUGCAACAGUAUAAAUCAAGGUCGAAAUGACAGAAAGACUUUCGACAACAUCAACUGCAUCGGGUUCUUGUCAAAAUCUUGUCACAAAUUCUCGUCAAUUAAUUCGUCAUAAAAUCUGUUUCCUUGCUAGAAAACGCUAGUUCGUGAAUAUUUGCUUCCAUUCUUUUGUUAAACACCUCAUGGUUUCAUUUUUAAUGUCUAAAUAACUUUGUAAAUACACAAAUGAAAUUCUUUUGCGC